AUUGCUUUGACUAUCUUGGUUCUCUUCCGUUUCCAAGAAAAUGUGAAACAACCUGUGCAAAGUUUCCUUAAAACUAACUGGUUCUCCUUUCAGGUAAUUGUGCAAAGGUCACUCUCUGCGAAGAGUCUCUCUCAUGCUAAAGGCGGGUCUGUGCUAGGCGGUUAUUUGAAAAUCUUCCCAAUGUUUUUCAUUGUCAUGCCGGGCAUGAUUAGCAGAGCUCUCUAUCCAGAUGAAGUGGGAUGUGUAGACCCAGAAAUCUGUGAAAAGGUCUGUGGAGCGAAAGUGGGUUGUUCAAACAUUGCCUACCCUAAGCUAGUAAUGGAGCUCAUGCCUGUAGGACUCCGUGGCUUGAUGAUUGCCGUGAUCAUGGCUGCCUUGAUGAGCUCUCUCACCUCUAUCUUCAACAGUAGCAGCACCCUUUUUGCCAUAGAUAUCUGGCAGCGACUCCGCAAGACGGCCACUGAACAGGAACUCAUGAUCGUCGGAAGGGUGUUUGUCCUCAUUCUCGUUGCCAUUAGCAUCCUCUGGAUCCCCAUCAUCCAGCUAGCCAACAGCGGUCAGCUCUUUGACUACAUUCAGUCAAUAACCAGUUACCUAGCGCCACCCAUCACUGCCCUCUUCAUCCUAGCAAUCUUCUGCAAGAGGAUCAAUGAGCCAGGAGCUUUCUGGGGGCUGAUGUUUGGGUUAGCAGUCGGACUCGUUCGGAUGGUUAUGGAGUUUAUCUACAUGGCGCCCUCCUGUGGAGAGGAGGACCAGAGGCCAGCUCUGUUGAAAGAUGUGCACUAUCUGUACUUUGCUAUCCUGUGUGUACUAACAGCAGCUGUCAUCAUCACUGUUAGCCUCUGCACACCACCAGUCCCAGAGGAAAAUCUUGCCCGACUGACAUGGUGGACUAGACACAGCAAAAGAGAUGGAAAAGACUUGGAGAGCCACACCUGCCCAAGCACAGAGAUGAUUUCCUCCAAGAGAGAGAAUGAUGUACCGGUAGAUACUGUUCAGUCAGAGAAUGGAGAUUUAGUAUGUAAAGAGCAUGGAGGAGCGAAGCAUCCUUGCUGGAAGAAAGUGUUUUUCUGGUUCUGUGGGAUUUCCACUGACCCCAAGCCCACUUUAACCAGAGAGGAGGAAGCGGCGCUUGAAAAGAAACUCACCAGCAUCAAGGAAGAGCCAGUGUGGAAGGCUGUUUGCAAUGCCAAUGCUGUAGCUCUCUUGGCUAUUAACAUCUUCUUAUGGGGAUACUUUGGGUGAGCCCAGUAUUGCCUCGCUCCAGUUAGAACAAGCACAGGCAUCAACCGGAAGCUACAAGUUGCAAUUCAUCCAGCUGUGGACCUACACUGUGGCUUUAGCUGGUUCCCUUCUCUCAGUCUGCACCCCUAUCGGUGAUACCUUGACCUACCUCAUUGGGUUGUUGUGAAGACACACAAUAAAGUGAUUUACACACCACAA